AUGGGACAGAUGGCUGGUCUUCACCUGUUGCUCGCCCUUUGCGGGAUCAUCGCACUGCCCCAAGCGAAUUGUUUCAUUUGCACCAAUUAUGUUGCAGUCAAUGACUGCCCAAAAGGCUGGACUCAGCUGGACAAGUACUGCUACAUCUACCAACACGAUCCCAGGACCUUCUCAGAUGCAGAAAGCGUCUGCAACGUUCUCGGCGGGAAUCUGGUUUCGAUCACCAGUCUCAAGGAACAUGCACUCGUUGUGGAGCUGAUCCGGGAGGGGGCCGGCGAUGUUGUUGACACCUGGAUUGGAUUCCACGAUGCCAUUGAGGAAGACGACUUCGUAUGGACCGAUGGCGAAAUUGUUAAUUUUAGAAACUUUGGGGUUGGCCAGCCUGACAACGUCAAUGACCUCGAAGACUGUGUCGAAAUUGAGGGAGACGACUCCUUGUGGGAUGAUGAUGAAUGCAGUGAUGCCAACCCUUUUGUUUGCAGCAGAGACGUGGGCAAGAAAAAGUGCCAUUGA